UCCACGGCCCGUCACUCCACGGAAACCUGCCAGACGUUAACAUCCUAAACUGAAGUUCCGCGCACAUUGGCCUAAAGAUGAUUAAUAGCAAGUUACCGAUCUUCUUCGUCGUUAUCGGUUUUGCAGUGCUGCCGGUUCACCCUUCAGCUGCAGCAAAGCGUCCGUCCGAUCUGACCUGCAACGUCACCGAGAAAAACAAUGCAUUCAUCUACCUCCUGUCCCACCCACCCAGUUCCUCCAAGUGCAAAACGCUCUGGGAGGACAAGAACAGGACUGUCAUCGUAAUGAACCGUGCGUCUGUCCCAGCGGUCCAGAAUGUGACCGACCAGUCGCUCACCCUGGAUCACUGCGAGCCCUCACUGGCCUACACAGUGGAGUGCCACGAUGAAACAAACAUGCUGAUGGUCCGUGGAGAAGCCAACUGCCAAAUCAACUGCAGCAGACUCCUGGAUCCAGAAGAUAAUCUCACACCCACUGUGAACUCCACCAUGAUCUGCAUCACUGAGAGUCUGUGUCUGUCCUUUGUUGUCAUCGGUUUUAUUGUUAUUAUUGUUGUUGUGGCUCUUUGGUGUUACAAGAAAUGGAGAGCGAGAGGAUCUGGGACAACGGGAGUUUUUUACACUCAACCAUGUGAACAGGUGGUAGUCAACAUAAAGACCCCCGUAGGAGACGAUGUGGUGCAAAACCACAUCGUCUGAACAAGGAAGAAGGAAAGUGUCAAUGUUCUCGAUAAUGUUUUUUUAAGUCCUCAUCAUCAGUGCCUUAUUGACAAACGAUGAAAUAAGAUAAGAAAACUGCAGAUAGAAAACUAUUAAUAUUAUAUUAUAUCAUGUAUUAUAACUAGUUAUAUAGAGGGGAGGAAUAUAAGUAUUAAGAUAUGUCAUAUGACGGUGUUUAAACUUGUUCGGGAAGGUUAACUGUAACUGUCCAUCAGCUCACCUGACGGUAAAACCACAUGAUGUGGUGCCUUUCUGAUCAAUUGUGAUAUUGAUCUUCGCUGUGGAAGUGGAGAUUAAUUCAUUAUAACUUUAUAAUACGUUUGUACACAGUUGACAUGUUGUAUCUCAGGGAUCUUGGACUCCUGCUUUGUCUUAUGUGAGAAACCUGGAGGCCGUUUCAAAUAAAUACCAAAUAAAACCAGAACUAAGAGUUUAAAACGGCCGGAAAGCUGCGUGGAGCAGCAAAGUUAUAAGAUGUUCAUUAUGAGUGAAUGAUUUUAGAAUAAAGGCUCAUUUGAUGUUUUCA